AACGUAUGCAAAACUCUUUUAGUCACUAUCAGCGAACCUGGCUAAAAUUUCAGGGGGCUGAGGCUCAUUCAGCUCUCCACCAAUCAAAUCCUUUGUGUUCCCCUUGAUAACUGGACUCAUGGAGCAGCGCCGCCUCUCUGUUUCUCAGCUCACAUCCAUCCAAGGACGCGUUCAUAUGGAUUUCUGAAGCCUCUCUGACACUUACAAAUGUCUUUCAUUCCCACUCAGAGGUCUGAUCUCCUGGAGAUGGCAGACUCAACUCACAGAUGCCAUGGUAACUUUCCACAAAGGCGAGAAACCCUGUUGCCACCGGGAAUCAUGUGCAGAGAGCCACUGGCACUGGAGACCAUGUCAUCUGAGACUGAUCCAAAUCGGGCAAUCGCACCAGAGGAGCCAACACCGCCAGCAGAAUAUCUCAGCAGUUCUGGAUUCCGUGAGAUGGAAAAGGAGGCAAAAAGAUCUUGCAAUGGAAAAACCAGAGCAGCCUCACCAACAUCUGAAAAAUUUCAAAGACAUCCUGACAAAAAUGUGAAUACUUUACUGAAGAGAUUAAGGAUUCAUCCAGAGGCCCAGAGGGUUCUGGGUAAUUCCUGCAUACCUGUAGUGACCUUGGAACGUCUGAAAUUCCAGUCUAUGUCUUUAUCAUCUCUACAGCCAGUUGUGUCUCUGAUCCGACUGCCGUGUCAAACACAAGCUGAGCUGCACAGUGACGUGUCUUUAGAUAGCCAUGAACAGCAGAAUGGAUUCAGUCCAAGUGAAGUAGAUACUUUGGAGGUCAGAGAAGAACCAGAGUGGGCAGAUCAAACAGAAACAACAUCCUGGACUGAACCCUACUGUCCUGACAGUCCCUCGUUUGAAGAACCAGAGCAGGACUCAGGCUUUGACUGCAAAUCUAAUCCAGAUCAGCCAUAUAUUCUGUGUGACUCUGGUUCUGAUGAUGGAAAAAACGAUUCAGAAACAUUCUAUUUGGAUCCAGAUCCGGAGCAGACCCUGGUGAUCGAAUUAGAUCUGGAAGCAGAAGCAGAACCGGAUCUAUGCUUGCAGCUGGAGGAUGAAUCUGAGACUAACUGUGAAGCUGAUGGAGUCCAUAUGAACCAUGGUGAAGAUCAAACACCUGAUCUUUGCUGUUCACUUGAGCAGCAGCCCGAGGCUGUAGUGCUCACUGAGGAAAUGGAGAGUGAAGAUUUUUGUGCUGUUUGUCUGAAUGGUGGAGAACUGCUUUGCUGUGACCGCUGCCCAAAAGUCUACCAUCUUGCUUGCCAUAUACCACCUCUCAUCAGCUUUCCGCUAGGUGACUGGGUGUGUACGUUGUGUCGAACUGACCAGGAGCCUGUGGAAGACUAUGACUGUGAGAAGAUGCACCCCUGUGGGGCAGUCAAAGUGCCUUACACGCUGUCCAACCAGGACCAGAGGAGGUGUGAGAAAUUAGCUCUUCUGUUGUAUUGUCAUGCAGUCAGUGCUCCGUUCCAUGAACCCGUCAGCCCUCUGGCCAGAAACUACUACCAGAUCAUCAAGAGGCCCAUUGACCUGUCGGUGAUCCGCAGGAAACUGGACAAGAGCAACACUCUCCAUUACUUCACAGCCGAGCAGUUCGUUGACGACGUCCUGCUGAUGUUCAAGAACUGUGCUUCUUUCAAUUAUCCAGACUCAGAGGUGGCCAGUGCUGGUAGAAACCUGGAGCUGUUUUUCUUGAGCAAACUGAAGGAGAUUUUUCCUGACCGGAUGUUCCCAUCAGUCUGCCAAGACACAACAGAGAGAGCUCGGCUCCGGUGGCUCAGCAGGAAGAGGAAGGAAAACUACAAAAAGAGGAGAUAUGUUUUUAGUGGGAAAAAAUAUUACUUAUAAACUUCAUGUAAUCAGUUUUGCUAGUUGAAAUUUUGUUAAAUGAAUUUGUACUUUUUUAUGAACUAAUAUUCAGAAGUUUUCCACACACAACAGCUAUAUGGUAUGAAAUCACUUCUGUCUGUCAUGUAAAAUUAUGGUUUUAUAGAAAGAUGUACACUUGUAAUAAAAAACAACCUUUUGUUAAACAGGGAGGUUGAUCUACAUUUACCUCAGGAUAUGUAGUUUUGUUUUCAGAGUUUAGCCGAGUUAGCAUGGCCUAAAAUGUCAGGUGGUGAGUGAAAUUGUGGUCAUACAUAAAAAAAAAUACUUCUACCCUAUUAAUAAAAUCCACUUAAUGGAGACAGUGUCUAUUUCUUCAAGCUGCUACAUUUACUGUGGUUUGUUUUUGAUCUGUGUGCUUCUGUGCCGUUUUACUUACCCCCACCAGAGGGUAUGCUUGUAAGACUUAAUGCUGCCAGAGGAAAUUAAUGUUAGUUGCAGAAUUUACCUCUAUAAAGAAGUUUAUUAAAUUCUUUUUUUUAAUUCAUGUGGACCAGUGAAGCUACUGGUAUUCUCUCCUUUCCCCCUGCUGUUUAGGCU